CAAGUCUCUGAUCAGCGACCCACUAAUUAUUGUCAACUACUACUGCGUCCUACGGAUACUCGGUACCUUGCACUUCCCUUUUCGCAGCCGCAUCGUGACAGCUGCCCGUCUAUCACCACGGCUCGUUUCUUUUCUCUGCCGACCAAGCCGAUCGAAUUCCCUCCCACUGCCCCGUCGCAACCUCACCCCCUCUUCCCCCUUGUCAACAAAAUCAUCCGGAAACCGAUCGUGUCGUUCGCUCGGCUCCGCGCAGCGAGCCACUUCAUUUAAUCCACCAUGGGCAAAGCCGAGCCGGGCUCGACCAAAUACAUCUCCAACAAGAUGAAACAAAAGGGCCUGACGCGCCUGCGCUGGUACUGCCAGAUCUGCGAGAAGGCGUGCCGCGACGAGAACGCCUUCAAGAUGCACUGCCAGUCCGAGAGCCACAUGCGGCGGGCGCUCGAGGCCGGGCAGAACUUCAAGGCGGUUCAGGACGAGUACAGCCGGCAGUUCCUGAACGAGUUCAUCAGACAGCUCAAGACGGCGCACGGCGAGAAGAGCAUCCACGCCAACAAGUUCUACCAGGAGAUCAUCGCGCGGCGCGACCACGUCCACCUCAACGCCACCCGCUGGCACUCGCUGACCGACUUUGUCAAGUACAUUGCGCGCGAGGGCAUCGUCCGCGCCGAGGAGAAGGAGGACGGCAUCUUCAUCGCGUGGAUCGACGACUCGCCCGAGGCCAUGCGGCGGAGGGAGGCCGUCAGGAGGAAGGAGAUGCAGGACAAGGGCGACGAGGAGCGGGAGCAGAUGAUGCUGAGGGAGCAGAUCCGGCGGGCCCGCAAGGAUGCCGAGGCGAGGGGGUUGCUCGGCCCGGACGGGGAAGGGCCGGACGAGGGUGAGGGAAAGGAGCUGAAGCGGGAGGAGGGAGAGAAGAUCAAGCUGAGCUUCGCCGGGGUGAAGCCGCCGGGGAAGAGCACGACGCCACCGGAGAAUGGGGGCGCGGCCCCCGCGCCGGGCGCGAAGGAUUCGGGAGGGGACGAUGCGAAAGCCACAGACGGGCCCGGCAAUGCGGCGGCGGGGGCGGCGGCGGCGGACAAGGGGGCGGGAGAGGAUGUCAAGCCGGCCGAGACGAACGCCGCUGCAAAACCGGUGUCCUUGAAGCUCGGGGCCAAGCCGCAACCCAAGAACGUCUUCAAGAAUGCCCUUGCCGGCGCGCCCAAGAAGGUCAUCGCCCCUCAACCAAAGAAGAUGAGCGAGGCGGAGAGGAUCAUGAAGGAGGAGCUCGAACGCAAAGAAAAACGAGCGCGCGAGGCCGGCAGCGGACCUCCGAACAAGAGGCCUAGGUUCUAAUACUUUGACUUGGCGGGGGGGGGGGGGGUCGGGAUGGUUGUAUAGCAAGCAUUCAUUGGCGUUUGGGCGGGGAAGACUCAACUGUAUCUUGGGAGGGUUUGUUAUGAUACCAGAGCUCUGAGAGCAUCAUGCAUUUCAACGUUGAUAAAACAUGCUAGUUGGGAAUUACCAAAAACCCAAAUUUUUUCUCUUCUCCCUUUGUGAACCCCAACUCCCAAACUCCGUCGCGCAAUGCCAGCUUCGCUCCUCGGGACAGCCUGCCGAACUGAUGCCUAGUCCGCCUCCGUCGCGCUGCCGUCGCGUCUAGCG